AUGGUUGCUACCCGUACUUUCUAUUGGAUGUUGGAACCUAGAGCUGGAGUGGCUGAAAUGCCACGGGUGGGCGACCGGCAGCGUGAUGCAAGCUGGAAGAUUUUUUCCAGAGCUGUGGUUGACGGCAUUGUUUCGGCAAUGCGAAGUGCAGUGCGGAUUAGCUUCUACAUUUGUGACUACUCCACUAAACCUAAUGUGACAUCGGGCCGCGUUUUGCAGUACAUGCACAAAGGAAUGCAACGGUUGGAGGCAGAACUGCAGGAGAAAGAGUGCGUGCAGAAAGUGUUGGAGCUCGAGGCUGCUGGUUUCUUGGAUGAUCCUGGCCGAUUGCCUUCCGGUGUGCAAACUUUGGAAGGUAAGAAUUUGUCUGAGGCCGAAAAAAGGCAAGAGAAGGUGAGACGCAUUCUGAUCCGCUUGUGGAGCGCUGCAAACUAUUCUUAUUUGAAAGGACAUGAAGCUUUGCGAAGAGAAGAAACCAAAACCAUGGAAGUAGGAGAGACAGAGGAAGACGUGGCCCUAACCCUGAUCGAAGUGGAGCAAGCGGAUGGGAAGUAUAGUGUCCAAGUGAGCAACGAUGCAUUUGUCGACGAUUGGUACCACCGUGGCCCAGACCUUGCUUGGAUGAGCCAUUAUCUCUACGCGAUGUAUGUCAGGGUUGUGCCGAAAUCUGAUGGCCUGCGCUUUCAAUGGAGCUUUGCCUUUGUGCACCAUUAUAAGAAAUAUGCUGGCUUCGUACAGGUGCUCGAACCAUCUCCGCGAGUUCCUUACAUGGUUGGCUUCACCAUGCCCACGAGAAGCGCGGAUCCUGCCACGAAUGCUUUGUAUCAUCUGUGCUUGAUGAAGCCGAGCAGAGUGUGCAAAGGGUGUUGCGAAGAUGUGGCUUGGCUAGCAGGUCAUGUGUUGUCAUCUGUGGCUGGGUCACAGCAAGGCAUACUCUUUGGAUACACAAAGCCUGCCGGGCAAGCUCAGCCUUCCAGGGGCGAGCGACGUUUCACAGAAGCGUGGGAAGCUUGGGAGGCAUUGCAACUGACCCGAGCAGAGCGUGCUUGGGCAAAGUUGAAACUGGAGCGUCGUGUGGGCGUUCUGGAUGAUGUGGCGCCAUUCCGAGAAUGGUAUGUGCCUGGUUGCAACAGAAAGACCAUUGUGCAGUCAUGGCUUUUGCCUUGGUUGCGAGGCGGUUUUCGGCAUUGCUAUAAAGGUCCCUGGGGACAAAAGAGGAGGACGCGAUCCGACAUCAAUCCGAUAUACAGCAAGGCGCAAUUUGUCAAGCUGCAUCCCACAAGUGUGGGGGUACUGCCAGCAUUGCCACAUGUGGUCGCAGUUUGCAUUCUUCGUUUUGCUGGGAAUGUGAAAGGUGAAGGGAAUGAAGAUGUGGUUAUAGCAGACACACUUGAUGCCCAGGACAAGGCUGCGUCAAGUUGCAGAACAGAUGCCCAGAAGACGGUGGUCAGAACAGGCACCGGGGUUCAUGUGAACCAAUUGUUUCCCGAAGAGUUUGGUGCCAGCAUCACAGCAGAGGUGUCAUGGAAUAUGGAUUUGCUUGCUGAAGCUCGCAAAAGACCACGCCCAAAUGCAGUCGCUGUCAGCAACGAAGACGAAGAUGAUGAUGCGGGUGGAGCUGUCGUGGGAAAACUGUUGGCCACUGAAGGAGAAACCCCGGGCGGAGAAGCAGGAGAUGAUUAUGAUGUUGUAGUGGAGCAGCCAUAUUCCGAGGAAAAAGGCUUACAGUAUAAACCGCACCUGGAAAUACAAGAUUGCGAUGUCCUUGAGAUUGCUCACAGACUAGAUGGCUGGAGAGACGGGCGAGGUCAAAAAGACAAUGUCUUGAAGUUUUUCCAAAACUUUCGCGAUUUUUACGCUGAAGAGUUAAAGGCAGCAUGCCCUUGCGAGAUGAGGAUGCAAAAACAGUUCUGUGGUACAGAUGGCAUGAGUUUGGCAGACUGGAUUUCACAGCGAAAUCAAAUGCUCCGAGCACAGAAAGAGUUGAAGAAUAACCGUGAGAAGACAGGCCCAGGCGGUGGAGAAUCUGAAUCGGAAGAUGAUAUACAGAGUCGUGUGAUUACCAGUGAAACAGAUGUGCCGAAAAUUCAUGUAGUAUUCACUUUCGAAAAUGCCAUUGAAUCGCCAGCUGAGAUGGCACGCCGGUUGGCGUGUCAAAGUGGGGCAGCUUGGGACAGACAGCAAUAUGAAAUGAUCAUUUGUUGCGUGUGGCCUUUGCACCGGGUCUGGGAAUAUGCUCUCACAGAGCGUCGUCUGAAGGAGUGGAAUUCUGUGGAAGGCCGCUUACAACUCAUCCAGGAUGCGCAGGUUCCACCUGUCCGUGUAUUCGCACAUGGGGCUGGCGGGUCAGGGAAAACUUAUUGCUUGACUAAAGUUGUCAUGGCCGUUUUUCAGUGGUUUAUGCCAGGGCAAUGUCGUAAGCAAGCUUCCACCAACAGUGCUGCUCGCCUGAUCGCAGGCGACACCAUGCAUGCUUGUGCAGGGUUACUGAAAAGUGCAAAGUUUACAGCAGAGGAACCGUCCCGGAAGGUUCAGAACAAGUUGAAAACGACUUGGGGGACUGCUGUCUUUGUUUACAAUGAUGAGGUGGGUGCUGCCGCCCCUGGACUGUAUGGAACUUUGUCGUCUCGUGCAUACUGGGGAAAACGGGCUGCGGGGCAAAUUGAAGAUGUGGGGCCGAAACAAGCACCUUUUGGAAAUCCUUUGCUACAUGUUGACGCAGGUGACUUUGCCCAGCUCCGGCCAGUGCCGAAAGGAAGCCCUAGCCUCAUGGAAGCAUUUCUAAUGUCCCGCAAAGAAUAUGCGAAUGAAGGCCGCGUGCGGCCAUUGACCGACAUGGAGAUGUUAGGCCUGAAAACUUUUGAUUUGGUUGCGGAGACCUGCGUAGAGUUUAAAGGGACCUACCGAUUCAAGGAAAACGAUCCCUUGAUCCGUCUGCUGCAGAUUAUGCGCACUGUCGGCGGCGCAGAAGUACCAGAGACAUUGAGGCAACAAAUCUUGAGUCGUAUUCAAUUGGGUGGCAAAGAUCCACGAGCAAAGCUAUUCUAUAGAUUCCCUAAAUCGGUGCUUGGAUCGGAUGUUUUUUCAGACUAA